CACAUCAAAAUCCCUGCGCAGUCAGCCAAGAUUAAGGUACUUGCAUGCGCCGCCACAUCGCAGUAUAAAGCAAAACUUCUCAUUCACAGAAAAAACAUCAUCAAUCGGCUCACACACGAUCAAUCCGCUCAGCUGUACAAAUUAAAAGCUUAAAACACACAAGGCGACCAAUAUAAUGGCGUCUGCCAAAGAGAGGAGACUACCCCAGCUUCACCUGAAGCUCGACGUUCCCACCUGCGCCUUCCGUUGCGCUGCCCCGGCGCCGGCGCCGGCCACAGCGGCGACGCCGGCCACGUCGGCAUCCCGGCCGCCGCACGGCGAAUUCCGGCUGAACGACUUCGACAGGCUGUCCGUCCUCGGCCGCGGCAACGGCGGCUCCGUGUACAAGGUCUCGCACCGCCGCACGUCGGCGCUCUACGCGCUGAAGAUCAUCCACGGCGCCCACGCCCGCCCUGGCGCCGCCGACGAGGAAGCGGACAUCGUCCGCCGCGUCGUCGACUCGCCGAACGUCGUCCGCUGCCACUCGGUCCUCCCCACGGCGUCUGGCGACGCCGCCGCCUUGCUCCUCGAGCUCGUCGACGGCGGCUCGCUCGAUUCGCUCGUCGGCGGCGGCGGAUUCCUCCCGGAAGCGGCGGUGGCGGAUGUGGCGGCGCAGGCGCUCUCCGGCCUGGCGCACCUCCGCGCCCGUCGCGUAGCGCACCGCGACAUCAAGCCGGCGAAUCUCCUCUUGAGCGCCGCCGGCGAGGUCAAGAUCGCCGACUUCGGCAUCGCCAAGGUCGUCGUCUCCGGCGCCGGCGGCCGCGCCCGCGCCUUGGCCUACGAGGGCACCGUGGCCUACAUGAGCCCCGAGCGGUUCGACUCGGAGCGGCACGCCGACGCCGACCCCUACGCCGCCGACGUGUGGGGCCUGGGCGUGACGCUCCUGGAGCUCCUCAUGGGCCGCUACCCGCUGCUCCCCGCGGGCCAGAAGCCGACCUGGGCCGCGCUCAUGUGCGCGAUCUGUUUCGGCGAGCUGCCGGCUCUGCCCGAAGGCGCGGCGUCCCUGGAGUUCCGGGGCUUCGUGGCCGCCUGCCUGCGGAAGGACCACCGGAAGCGGGCGUCCGUCGUGGAGCUGCUCGCGCACCCGUUCGUCGCCGGGAGGGACGUGGCGGCGUCGAGGCGUGCGCUCCGUGAGGCUAUCGAGCGGCGGUGUUCGUGCUAGCGAAGCACGUGCGUGUAAAUGUUGAACUGUCGCAUCUGACGUAGGCACCUAGGCAUUUGAACAUGAAUAUACACCGGAAGAUAUCCCCCACUUGGAGGGUUUGGUAAA